UUUUCAUUUCUGGUACGAAGUAUGACGGGUAACACCCUGCACAGGCUCCCUCUGAAACACCGGACAUGUGAACAGAUGAUCAGACAGAGCGGUAGAGCAGUCACCUCGACACAAAAGCCUCACUCAAGCAGAGUAUGAAGACCUUUUAUGGACAGUAAUUAUGUGUCAUUUCAAAGAAAACGCCAGUGGCAUAGAAGGAAUUAAAGGAUUGAGGAAUCCUUAGGGACUAUUUAGUUGUAUUUCUCAACUGGUGAAAAAUGUCCUUUUACACCAUGGAGGUCCAGGAGAAGGAAGAACAAGUGAGGAGAGUAAAAUCAAUCGUAUUUGAGACAGACGGACAAGAGGAAGACAAGAGGCUGGAUGAUGAGGGAUGGAGCUGUGCUUGGAGACAGGAGCUCCCCGUGUCCGUGCUCACAGCGUUCAUGUUGCUCCUUCUAGUAGAGUUUGCUGUUGGAGUGGAAGGCGUGGGGAGGCGUGGCAAAAGCAGCACCAUGCUCGAUGAGGAAAGCCCUAGACCUUUGGACUUGUGGGAGUCAGUUUUCCUCAGCACUCUUGUAGGGAGUGGCUAUGGACUGGCAGUGGGAACUGGGGCUGUGGUGGUCAUUUGGAUUGCUGAAGCCUUAUCUGCAUCCAGUGGCCUGGUGGCAGUGGUGUGGCAGGUGCCCCUGCUGGGGCUGUUGACAGGCGCAGGGGCAGGGGCUCUGAAUGGACUGGACAUGCUUUCUGAAUGCGUUGGGCAAGAAACCCUCUGCGAGGCAGCCAGAGGUGGGCUAAAGGGCAUUUGGGUGGGGGUGAAGGUGGCUGUAGUAGGAGGGGCCACAAUUGGGGCUGCCAUGUGUGUUGUGUCUGCCGUGGCCAUGAGGAACCUGGUGAGAGGAGGGCACCUGAGGCUGGUGCCGCUUGUGACUGUCUCAGCGGCUGCCGGGGCCUUCACAGUAGUGCUGAGCUGGGCCCCUGAGACCAUGACCAUUGGGUGCUUUUUGGGGGCCCUUUUAGGGUCCACCCAGGACCCAGCUGUCUUGAAAACCUUGGGGCUCCUCGCUGUGGGAGGCUGUGCGGGUGUGAAAGGGCUAAGGAGUCCCUGCGUGUCUCCUAGUGUGGGGUCCUGGUGGCCACAGAUGCUAAACAGAGCUCUGGUGGGUGCUGGGGGGGCUGUAUUUCUGGCUGCCGUUUUAGGAUUUCCCCUUAGGCCGUUCCCUGUCCUGGUAAGAAUUUCAGUGGGGGCUGUGAUGGCAUUUUCGCUAUGGUGGAUGGUGGACGGCCUGUGCCACUCAGCUGCCACCGUGAUGUUUGGGGUGUUAAGCAUCAGUGCCCAAUACGAGCAUGGAGAGUCUGGAGGAUAGAUGACAACUUAGGCUCCUGGUCUGGGGAAUAUGGAAGCCCUGAAGGGCAAAACACACCAGCAAAUAUGAAAAACACACCAGCAAAUACAAAUACACAACAGCAAAUAAGAAAACAUGCCAGUAAACAUGGGCUCAGUGUGGCUCAGUGGGCUAAGCCUGUGUUCCUGUAAUCAGAAGGUUGCCAGUUCAAACCCAACCUCAGCACAUCUGUGGGUCCUAAAGCAAGACCCUUAACCCUCCAGCUCCCUGGGCACAGGAGGCAAAAAGACAAUAAUAAUCAAUAAAGCAUUGAUUAUUAUUAUUCAAAUACAGAAGUAGUACUGUGAAAACACUACAACAUUAGCAACACUGAAAACGGAAAGGGUAUGUACCUACUGGUCAUUACAUGCUUGUUACUGAUUGGACAGGGAGCCUGUCAGUACACCGACAGUCACAACCAUAGUUAGUCCAAAGGUACAUCUUUAGGUACCAGAUGCAAGCAAAAGAUACAAAGAGAAAUUGGGUGUCAUUAGAUGUGACUGUUCGCGCUGUAAUUGAAAGAAUUUGCAGAUGUGAGCCUCCACACAAACCAAAAUUAUAUGGUUUUUCAAACGUUGAGGGUGACUCUGAAACAGACAAAAUAUUUUGGUGUAUUCAUGGAUAAGUACAAGUGUAAAUCAUUUGCUUACUCGUUUAUUAUUAUACACUGCUCAAAAAAUUUAAGGAACACUUUUUAGUCAGAGUAUAGCAUCAAGCCAGUUAAACUUCUGUGAUACUAAUCCGGUCAGUUAAAUAGCAGAGGGGGUUGUUAAUCAAUUUCAGCUGCUUUAGUGUUAAUGAAAUUGUUCAUGAAACUGUUUUUUUUUUUUACUAGUUUUGCAUUUGGCGACGGUGAGUGUCACUACUGGUAGCAUGAGGCGAUACCUGGACCCUACAGAGGUUGCACAGGUAGUCCAACUCCUCCAGGAUGGCGGAUCAAUACGUGCCAUUGCCAGAAGGUUUGCUGUGUCUCCCAGCACAGUCUCAAGGGCAUGGAGGAGAUUCCUGGAGACAGGCAGAUACUCAAGGAGAGCUGGACAGGGCCAUAGAAGGUCUUUAACCCAUCAGCAGGACCGGUAUCUGCUCCUUUGUGCAAGGAGGAACAGGAUGAACACUGCUGGAGUCCUACAAAAUGAGCUCCAGCAGACCACUGGUGUGAAUGUUUCUGAUUGUUUGGUCAGAGACAGACUUCAUGAGGGUGGCUUGAGGGCCCAAUGUCCUCUAAUGGGCCCUGUGCUCACUGCCCAGCACCAUGGAGCUCGAUUGGCAUUUGCCAUAGAAUACCAGAAGGGGCAGGUCUGCCACUGGCACCCUGUGCUUUUCACAGAUGAGAGCAGGUUCACCCUGAGCACAUGUGACAGACGUGAAAGGGUCUGGAGAAGUUAUAGAGAACGUUAUGCUGCCUGCAGCAUUGUUCAGCAUGCCUGGUUUGGUGGUGGGUCAGUGAUGGUCUGGGGAGUCAUAUCCAUGGAGGGACGCAAAGACCUCUACAGGUUAGACUACGGCAAAUUAACUGCCAUUAGGUAUUGGGAUGAAAUCCUUGGACCCACUGUCAGGCCCUACACUGAUGCAGAGAGUCCUAACACAUUUCGUUCGUAACACAUCACCCAGUCCAUAUAAGCAUAGGUGUCCAGCAUGAUAUUUUUUUCCAUUGAGAUUUGAUGUGUUUUCAAAGUGUUCCUUAAUUUUUUUUGAGCAGUGUAUAUUAUUAUUAUCUUAGUUUCGUCAUGUAAUGGCAACAUUAAACCAUUAUUUUGUUCUGUGCUGUAAUGUUAACGUUGUUGUGUUCCUAUAAUAACUCACUAGGACAACCACCACCACAUCCAUGUAAUGUUGUGAUAAUGCGCUAUACAAAAAUACAUUUGUUGUUGUUGUUCUUA